AUGCCGUUGUCCUUGUUGGAUCAGCAGAGAAAGCAAUUGGAACAAUUGAUGAAAAAGUCCUCGAAUUUGGUGCCAAUUGCUGGACUACAAGAUGAAGCACAGGUAAAUGAUACGGAGAUUCCAAUUGCAGAUGAUAGUACGGACAAGAAGGAUAAAUACAGCUAUAAUUUGAUCGUCUGGUGUCAGCAUUUGGACUUGGAUGUUCUUACGAUAUAG